GGUAGCGGAUUGUCCAUCCGUAUGACACUCUUCUUUCUCUAAUUAUUUCUUGUUGUGUAGUUCGUUCUCUAAUUAUUUCUUGUUGUAGUUACGUUAAUACUCAUAAUCAAGCUCUGGCUCUGGCUAUGGUUGUAUUUCUCAAACUUGGCAAUUUUUUCUUUACAAUCCAAUCCAGAAGAUUAGAAAAGCUUAGCCCAUUUUCUGUAUUGAAUAGAUUUUGUCAUUUUGCCCCAAAACCUCAAGAAAAUGUUGCAAUUUUCUGGGAUUUAGAUAACAAACCACCAGAUCCAUUCCCGCCAUAUGCAGCAGCGAUUAAGCUCAAGGCGACUGCUUCUUCUUUUGGGUUUGUUCAGCACAUGAUAGCCUAUGCAAAUCGCCAUUCGUUUAGCUAUGUCCCUCCUGUUGUUAGGGAGAGAAGAAAAGAGAGGAAAUUGUUGAACCAGUUAGAGAAUAAGGGAGUGAUUAAACCUGUUGAACCAUAUCUUUGUCGGGUUUGUGGGAGGAAGUUCUAUAACAAUGAGAAGCUUGUGAAUCACUUUAAGCAGCUUCAUGAGCGGGAGCACAUGAAGAGGUUGAAUCAAAUUGAAUCGGCUAGAGGUAGUAGGAGGGUGAAACUGGUGGGUAAAUAUUCAAUGAAGAUGGAGAAGUAUAAGAAUGCUGCAAGGGAUGUUUUGACACCAAAGGUGGGGUAUGGUCUAGCUGAUGAGUUAAAGCGAGCGGGGUUUUGGGUUCAGACUGUGUCUGAUAAGCCUCAAGCUGCUGAUGUUGCGUUGAAAAAACACAUGGUGGAUAUGAUGGAUCAAAGGGGAGCUCAGUGUUUUGUGCUUGUUUCGGAUGAUUCCGAUUUUGUUGAUGUUCUGAAUGAAGCAAAAUUAAGGUGUCUCAAGACAGUAGUUGUUGGGAAUGUCAAUGAUGGGACUUUGAAAAGGAUAGCAGAUGCUGGGUUUUCUUGGAAGGAAAUUAUGAUGAAGAAGGCAAAGAAGGAGGCAGUAUCAGUUGUAGGGAAAUGGAAAGAUCGUGAUGUUUUGAAGAGAUUGGAAUGGACAUAUGACCCUCAGAUUGAAAGAAAUGUGUAUCGCUCUGAUGAUGAGGAUGAAGAUCUACUUACUGAGGGUUCAGUUGAGGGGGUGCAUGAUGGUUGUAUGCAGGAAGAUAACAGUAGCUCUUGGUGGGAGAUUGACUCUGAUAGUGAUAUCAUUAUGUCACAACGGUGUAAAUGAAUAUUGAUGGUAAUGCUUUUCUUCCUAGGCGCUGCAAUUUCGCAUUUAAUGAAAGCUUCUAAAUUGCCAAGUAGCACAGAGCCGAAGUGUCAAUUUUCACCCUUUUAUCAAGAAGAGAAACAUUUGGUCACUUGAAACUUUUUCUCUCUUUUUAGCCUCAUUUUUGAAUCUCAUGGUGUGUCCUUCCUUUUCUAUAUGCAAUCUGAUGUUGGAUGUUAAAGUAAACUGCUCAAUAUUUGAUAAUUGUCAGUCUAUGAUGACUAAAGUAAUGACACAUUUAAAUCUGAAUAAAGUUUUGUAUUUAUUUUGUAGCUUAAUAUAUGUUGGUGUCAUCUUGCUUGAGGUAAUAGAACUCAAAAAUUUGGAUGUGCUGUUUAUUGAUUUGUGGCCAAUGUCUUCUUACCAUAGGUUCAAUCCUUUUUCUUUCCAGCACAUAUUCUUAAAAGGGCUAAACUGGCACACAUAUGUACUCCUGUAUUCCUGUUUUCCUUGAAUUUUUUUAUUUUUAUUUUUAUUUUUAACCUUGACCUUGAUAUUAUUAUUACUUUAGUAGCAGAGACAAUGUAUAUGGAACUCUCCAUGUUCUGUGAUUUUUCCAGAAACUGGUUCAUUCAACGGAUGACUGUCUAUGGUUAAUAUUUGAGUGCUGGGAUUUGGUUGUUCUAUCUAUUGCUAAUGACCUUUAACGCGUUAGUUCCUCACGUGGAGCAAAGUUAAACUAAUGGUCCUCAGCUUCUUGUUUGAGCUGUGGCUGAAACUAUGUUUUGCACUUUCUAGCAGAGUAUAAUAGUUAUUUUUAUCAGUAAUGGUUGCCUUCUGUGAACAGGAGAGAAAUUGGGUAUGGUCCUCAGCUUCUCGUUUGAGCUGUGGCUGAAACUAUGUUUAGCACUUUGUAGCAGAGUAGAAUAGUUAUUUUUAUCAGUAAUGGUUGCCUUCUGUGAACAGGAGAGAAAUUGUGUUCUGCAUCCAAUUGUUGUUGAUGUUUUGGAAUUCUUCAACUGUAUGAAUGCGUUGCCUUGAUAACAUAAUCACGGACUUUUUUCGCGAAAGCUAUUACUAAUACAGGGAACAGAUAUUUUGGUUAGCAUUAUUCUGUUAUUUCAAAAUGUGCUGUUAUGGUUUAAUCCUAGUAAAGACAGGUGCAAAAGAAAAUCCUAACAAAGAAGUGAGUCUGCAAAAAUAUAUAUUAUGCCACCUAGUUUCAUCGGAUUUGAAAAAUUACUGUGUCCUGGUUUUGUGGAACGCCUGAAGUGAAAAAAGGUUCUCUCUGCCACUCCAAACAUGUUUCUAGCGUUCUAACCUGGUUCAUAACGGGACUGUUUUACUUUCUAGCUGCUUCAACUCCAUAAACACUAAUUUUAUGUGCAAUUCGAUGAUUAUUAAUGUUGGUUAAUC